GUGUCAGGUCAGGCUACAUACACUCAGCGCCCUAGCACCAAAACUGUACACCCAGACAUUCUUUAUCAAUAUUGACAUAAUAUACACAAUGAUAAUAUCCUGGAGGAUGUGUGAGAGAGAGAGGCGGCUGAGGGGAGGGAAGAACUGCAGUAUUCACGGCGAAAUAUGAAUAGGUAAUUCUUUCUCCACCUCUUCCUUUCCUACCUUUUUCCACCCUCCAUCUCAUCCACCCUCACACCUUGCAUCACCCACUCUCGCGCUGUCCUUCUCUCCACACCUGUCCACCUACCCCUCACACCUGCUCACCUGCGUCACCUCUCUCCUCCCACCUGUUCCAAGCCGGGCAGGUAAGAGGAACCUCCCCAGUCAGCCUUCUGGCGCGCGCGAGCUAACCAGCCAGCCAGCCAGACAGCACGCAGGUGACAACAGACGUGCUUUGAGUGUGUUUCUUGCUGUAUUAUCGCUCACAGGUGAAAAUACAGCUCACAUUGGAGGGACAAAAUAAGAGCUGGAAAAAGACGUAGUGAAAAAUUUUAAUUGGCAAAAAAGGAACAACAGCAAGGAAAAGACAAACCGACAAAAACAGACAUCACUCAAACAAAUAUCCAGUCUUUGUGUGUGGAUGGAAUGGUUUAAGUGAAGGCGCCACAUUAGUGAAGGUGUAAAAGGAAAUUCGAUGUGAUGCAAAGUGCGGUGAGAACAAGAAAAGGGAAACAGUGUAAAGCUGCAUUUAAGUGAACGUGACCGAGAUUCGUGAGAAUAAACGAGUGUUAAGUGAUCCGCCUCUCCGAUGAGGGGCUGAAGUGGAGGCCUGGGAGGUGCUGGUGAACGAGAAACAUUGUCAGCUGGAGAGAUGAACAACAACACGAUGACGACCAUAACGACGACGGACAACGACGGGGGGUGACGGCCUCCGAACAGUUGCGCGCCCUCUUCAGUGCCUGCGACAAGCAAGGUAAAGGCUUCAUCGUGCGGGAGGAGCUGCGGGACCUCUGCUCCAGCCUGGCCAUUGCUGACGAGGACUCCGAUGUCAUAUUCACUGACCUCGACCAAGACAAAGACGGCAAGAUCAGUUACACCGAGUUCUCCAAGGGAUUCAUUGAGUUUCCUUCACCGCGACGCCGAGAAGACAGAGAAGGAGGCCUCCAAUGGAACCAACGGAGCAGAGGAGGGAGAGGACUCGCCGAAACAGACUGAGGGGAAGGAAGACUGUGAGCAGAGUGAGAGGCGCAGGCGGGCGAGUGUUCAUCAGGCGUGGAGUGCUCUCACCAACAACCUGCCCGAACUCUCCAAGUCGUGCCCUCGUAACAAGCAAGAGCGGUGCCCAGAUCAAGGAGUUACUGACAGACCUGCAAACCUCGGCGCCUGAAGAUGUCACCUCCCGCGUCAGUACCGUCCUAUCCACGCUACUGCAGGAGAUUGAGCAGGUUCAGGAGCACCACAAGAGACUCGAGGUGCUUUAUCAGAAAGAGCGGCAGCACCACGCCACGGCACUCAAAUCCCUGGAGAGCGAGCUGGAGGACCAGGUGGCCAAGGUGGAACAGAAGGCGAAGAUGGAAGCGCGGCAGGAGAGCGAGGAGGAGAAGAGACAGCUGCAGGACCAGAUGGAGCAGGAGAUGGCGGAGCUGCAGACACAUUUGAGGAUAUUUCAGAAGGUGGACUCUUGGCUCAAGAAGGAGGAGGACGGCGGCGGGGACAGGGUGCAGGAGGUGAGGAGGAAGCUGGAGGACGCCUAUCAUGACAACCGCACCCUCAACAUGACCCUGCACGAGACGACAGCCAACCUGGGACUAAUGCGAUCAGACUUGGCUCAGAUGCGACUUCAGUACGAGGAGAAGUGCAGGGAGUUGCAUAACGAGCGGGAGACGGUGCUGGAGUACAUGCACCAGUACGACCACAUGAAGAGGCAGAUGGAGCUUUUACACGAGGCCAACAAGAGGCUACAGGACACCAAUGACAGCAUGCGCAGCGCCCUGGAGACGGAAUGGCGCCACUCCCCCCUGACCUCCCGAGCCUCCAGCACCAGAUCCAACUCCCUCCAGCGGUCCAAGGAGCGCAGGAGGAGCCACAGGUCUUGCUCUGUAUCUACCUGUGGAUCAAGUCGCUCCAGGUCGCCGCACGUACCCAUUCUCUCUUCUCAGGACAGCGAAGGGGGACUUAAGUACGGCAUCAGGCGACUCAUGGACGAUCUCGACUCUGGCCUCUCCACGCUCCCAGACUCAGCCGAGGACGGGCCACACUCCCACGACGAGCUCAAGUUUUCCGAGCCCGAGGGACCCAUGUCGCUGGAGGAGGAAAUCUGUAGCCUGGAGUCGAGGUCGCCGCCCAUCACCCACGCAGUAGACCGCGCCCUUACCCACCCCGCCUCCACGCCCUCUUCCGCCACGCCCUCGCCCCCGCCCGCCCAUGAAACCGGCACGCCCACGCUCAAGUCCAGGCGAACGAGGCGGGAGGGCAGCGAUAAAAAUGCCUCGAGCUUUGAGCCCCAAGAUAACGCCCAGGCCAAAGUCGCGAGCUACGAGGUGGUAGGGCCCCCCGAGAGGACUUACAAAGUGGUAUUCGCCGGCGACGCUGCAGUAGGAAAGUCCACCUUUAUCGUCAGGCUGUGUAAAGGCUACUUCGUCAACAACAUUGCCUCCACACUAGGUGUGGACUACAAGGUGAAGACGCUGAGUGUGGACGAGAAGAACAUUGCCAUCCAGCUGUGGGAUACUGCGGGCCAGGAACGUUUCCGCUCCAUCACCAAGACCUACUUUCGGCGCGCUGAUGGUGUUCUGCUGCUCUUCGACGUGACCAGCGAACGAUCCUUCCUGAACGUGCGCCAGUGGAUCCAGAGCAUUGAUGACACGUGCCAGACCCGCGUGCCCCUCGUGCUGUGCGGCAACAAGGAGGACAUGAGGGCCACCGCCGCGGCAGAGGGUAGGAGCACCGUCAGCCUCAUAGAAGGAGAGAAGCUCGCCAGGGACUGUGGGGCAUUCUACAUUGAGACCUCGUGCAAGACUGGCAUAGGUGUGAUGGACGCCCUGGUGCAGCUGGCGAGACAAAUGGUGACAACCGAGGACGUGGAGAUACAGACAUCGGCUCUCAGAGUGUGCGCCGCUGACCAGAAGAGAUCCUGCUGCGGUGGGAGAAAGGAUGUGUGAGUCUGACGGCGAUGCAGCAGGAGGAGAAGGAGACGAAAAGAAGGAACGUGAUAAUACGACAGGGAAAAACAAAGUUGAGGGUAAGAGUAGAAGUGGAAAUAAUGGGAAAAUGUAGGAUUUUUGCUUUUGCAUUGUAGUAAAGUGGUGGAAGUUGAGGUGGUGUACUGUAUGUAACUAAUUAAGUUGUACGUAGGGGAAUGCCACCAAAGAAUCUCAAGAAGUAAAAACUCAGAAAUGAAUAUCCUGUAAGGAGAUUGCUAAUUGCGUCUCUCUCUCUCUCUCUCUCUCUCUCUCUCUCUCUCUCUCUCUCUCUCUCUCUCUCUCUCUCUCUCUCUCUCUCUCUCUCUCUCUCUCUCUCACACAUUAUUUAUAGUUCUGUAAUGUUUUCCAACAACUUUGUUUACCUUUUGCAGUAAUGUGUGGCAUUUAGUGUAAAUUGUUAGUAACUUGCUUGUUAUAUAUUUUAACUUGUUAUAUAUUUUAACAAUAAGAAAUGUAAUGUCAGUGAGAGAAAUGUUUGAACUCUCUCUCUCUCUCUCUCUCUCUCUCUCUCUCUCUCUCUCUCUCUCUCUCUCUCUCUCUCUCUCUCUCUCUCUCUCUCUCUCUCUCUCUCUCUCUCUGACCUCAACAACUAACAAUGUACUUAGGUUGUUUGUACUGUUUUAGAUGUAAUUAACACUUGUAUUUGCUUCUUGUGAAUGUUUUUUUUACUAAUACUUAGAAUUAUCCUGAUGUAACCUGUGUUUUUAUUCAUAUUGUAUAUACGUAUGAUUGUGUGUACGUUUUUUGUAUAGCACUAAGUAAUUAUUAUGAACAGAUACAACUUAUACAGGUUUAUACAGUGUGGUUAUUUUGAUCAUGGCGAUCAAUAAAUCAUUUUGCGUAA